GGGCCGCGUCCGGUGCCGAGUGAAGGGUGCGCUGGCGUCACGUGCGCGGCGGCCAUGAAGGAGACGUGCGGGAACUCUAGGCUGGAGAACCAGCCUCAAAGGCAUUAUGGAAUAACAUCUCCAAUUAGCUUGGCUCCUCCUAAAGAAAUAGAUUAUAUUCACACACAAAAAUUAACUGAAGCAAUGAAGCCAUUUGGAGUAUUCGAAGAUGAAGAAGAGCUAAAUCAUAGGCUAGCUGUUCUUGAUAAAUUGAAUAAUUUAGUCAAAGAAUGGAUUUUGGAACUUGGUGAGAGUAAGAACCUUCCACCUUCAGUUGUAGCAAAUGUUGGUGGCAAAAUUUUCACAUUUGGGUCCUAUAGGCUUGGAGUUCAUACCAAAGGUGCUGACAUAGAUGCCCUUUGUGUUGCUCCUAGACAUGUGGAAAGAUCAGAUUUCUUUCAGUCAUUUUUUGAAAAAUUAAAACAUCAAGAUGGAAUCAGAAAUUUAAGAGCAGUAGAAGAUGCAUAUGUACCAGUUAUCAAGUUUGAAUUUGAAGGUAUUGAGAUUGAUCUUGUGUUUGCAAGAUUGGCUAUACAGACUGUAUCUGAUAACUUGGAUCUUAGAGAUGAUUCACGCCUGAGGAGUCUGGAUAUAAGAUGUAUACGAAGCUUAAACGGUUGCAGAGUUACUGAUGAAAUUCUCCACUUGGUGCCAAACAAGGAGAACUUUCGGCUAACACUUAGAGCAAUCAAACUGUGGGCAAAACGUCGCGGAAUUUAUUCCAACAUGCUGGGAUUUCUUGGUGGUGUCUCUUGGGCAAUGUUGGUAGCAAGAACAUGUCAGCUAUAUCCAAAUGCAUUGGCAUCUACUCUAGUUAACAAAUUCUUCCUAGUUUUUUCAAAAUGGGAGUGGCCCAAUCCUGUGUUGCUGAAACAACCUGAAGAUAGCAAUCUAAAUUUACCAGUCUGGGACCCUAGGGUAAACCCAUCUGACAGAUACCAUCUAAUGCCCGUAAUCACACCAGCAUAUCCACAGCAGAACUCAACAUAUAAUGUGUCUACGUCAACAAGAGCAGUCAUGGAAGAGGAGUUCAAACAUGGUCUUGCUGUCACGAAUGAAAUUCUCCAAGGAAAAUCAGAUUGGCCAAAGCUCCUUGAACCGCCAAACUUCUUUCAAAAAUAUAAGCAUUAUAUUGUGUUGACUGCUAGCGCCUCUACUGAAGAGCAUCAUUUAGAAUGGGUUGGUCUGGUCGAAUCUAAAAUCCGUGUACUUGUUGGAAACUUGGAGAGGAAUGAAUUUAUCAAUAUUGCACAUGUAAAUCCACAGUCUUUCCCUGGCAACAAAGAACAAUAUAAAGAGAGUGACUAUGUAUCAAUGUGGUUUCUUGGAAUCAUUUUUAGGAAAGUGGAGAAUGCAGAAAGCGUUAGUAUUGAUUUAACAUAUGAUAUACAGUCAUUCACAGAUACAGUUUACAGGCAGGCAAACAAUAUCAACAUGCUAAAAGAAGGCAUGAGGAUUGAAGCAACUCAUGUAAAGAGAAAGCAACUUCACUAUUAUUUGCCUGUGGAAAUUUUACAGAAAAGGAGGAAGAGCAUACCAGACAUCAGUCGAAAUGCUGGCAGCCUUCAGUCCAAAAGGAUCUGUUCGGACAGUUCCAGAGAUGCAGAUACAGGGACACCAUAUUGUUCUCCUUCACUAAGCAAGAUAAUUAAGUUGGACAAAGCAACAGAAUCAGACAGCAGUGCUGUAGUCCAGAGAACCAGUGUUGCUACCAGUAGAGAGAAGCCAGAUGUAUCUGCAUCAGUACCUGUUAAAGGAUUGUCCAUUCCAGUUAUUGCAUCAAAGAGGGAGACUACAGUCACCAUAAAAGUCACAUCUCCAGCUGGAUGCACUAUUCCUACAGUAGUAGGACGAAAUGUGAUUCCUCGACUUGUUGCACCUCAAGUUGCCCGAGGCCAGCAGCAUCUAAACGGCAUUUCAACAAUGAACGCUAAAAGUGUUGCACCCAAGAGACCUCACUCGCCUUCCUCAGAAGAAUGCCCCAAACGACUGAAGGACAGAGAAAAGUUAAUUGGAUUGGACUUGGCAUUCAGAAGCCAUGGCAAUCCACAGGAUGAUGUAAGGAGAAAAUCUACAGGAAAAAAUGAUGAGCUUGGAGGGGAAUUCAUGCCUAUUCCAACUAUCAGCACAUCAAGAUUACAGAGACUUCCCAGUAAAGAAUUACCUGACUUAUCCUCUCCUGUUCCUACAAAUAACAUUCGCAUCAUUAAAAAGUCCAUCAGACUAACACUUAACCGGUGAUUGCUGUGCCUCUUCAGGUAAAGAUAACAUGCAAUUGUUUAAUGGCUCCAUAAACAACCAAUUAUUACUGUAGUUGCAGUCUUUCAUAAAGGUAUGUGGAGAGUUAUCACCAAAUUGGAAAUAUUUUACCUAGUUACAAUAUUUUUUUGUCUACAUUUUGACCUGCAGAUGCUGUAGUAUACUUCCAUUACUGUGUAGCUUUUCCAAGAUUUGCCUGCUGACAAGCCACUAUCUACAGAAUCAUGGCCUCUGAGGUUUUUAAUUCUCUAGUUUACAUGCUUGUUUCUUCUGGGUUUACUUCUCAUUUUGAACACCCUUGCAACAGCAGUCCUUAUUAGUCUUUUAAAAAGCUUUGUUUAACAGUCUCUACUUGUUAAACUCUAGAAAAAGCCAGAAAAAAAACCCCCAAAAAAACUCCUCCCUGUGACUUAAGGUUUAGAAUAAUUCCUACAUAAAUAUGUUCUGUUAGCCACUGGAGCCACAUUCUGGUUUGAAGUGUGUAUGAAAGUGUUGAUACCUUUUUUCCUCCUCUCCUAAUUUUGUGUAGAUAUACUUGUAAUUUGGAUUUUUUUCCUAUUUGGUGCAUAUUAUCCUGUGCAUCUGUCACCAGUGGUACUUGGCUUCUAUGGGCAGUUGCUUUUCAGUAUUAAACACAUAGCCAUGCACUACACAAGUUUGUAUGUUCUGCCUCCCAUGGAGGCCCAAAUGUUUAAAAAAACAAAAAACAACAACAACAACAAAUCAAAAUUCAACCAUUAAAACCCCACUGGUAAAGAAACUGAAAUGGGAGGCAUGGAUUAUAUAGUAUAACUUUGGUUCUUAAGACUGCUUCCAAACAAUUUGUCCUCUAUUCCCCUCCCCCAUAGUGAAACAAGCAAAUUCCACAACUGCAGCACAUUUUAAAUCACUCAAAAUACAUAAACUUGUCAUGACAUUUGCUGUCCCACUAUUCUACAGUUUCAAGACGCUUCCACGAACUAAACAUGCUGAAGUGGGUAUUUGGGUUUUAUUGAAACCCUGCAGCAGGUUUUCAGAGUGACUGGAAAUUAAUUGCGUUAGGACCAUCAUCAGUCUCCAUGUAAACAAAUUAUGCAAUGUUCAUAAUACGUAGUACCCAUUUAAUACGCUCAAGUUUUGGGGAGCAAGGAGGGAUUCAGUUCCUGCAUAAUUCUGUUAUUUCUAUCGUAAUGUUUAAUUCGCUGUUUUGUAAAUGAGGUUGUAUGUAUUUUCAGAGUAUUUUUGUAUGUACUGUAAGAUACCAUCUUUUUCAAAGAGAAAUUUUGAAAACUUGA